AGGAGCUACUUCCUUGAGGAUCUUCCUAGAGAAUCCAGGGAUAUGAGAAAUGGCACAGCAAUCACAGAGUUCAUCCUGCUGGGCUUUCCUGGGGUGCAGGGGCUGCAAACACCUCUGUUUAUCGUGAUCUUUUUCAUCUACAUAUUAACCCUUACUGGGAAUGGGCUCAUCAUUGCCAUUGUCUGGGCUGAGCCCCGGCUACAAAUCCCCAUGUAUUUCUUCCUCUGCAACCUAUCCUUCCUGGAGAUCUGGUAUACCACCACAGUCAUCCCCAAACUUCUAGAAACGUUUGUGGUAGUGAGAGCUGUCAUCUGCAUCCAUUGCUGCCUACUGCAGGCCUUCUUUCACUUCUUCCUGGGGACUACAGAGUUCUUCAUCCUCACCGUCAUGUCCUUCGACCGCUACCUGGCUAUCUGCAAGCCCCUUCGCUACCCCACCAUCAUGACCAGCACGCUCUGCCUGCAGCUGGCCCUCAGCUCCUGGGCAGUCGGUUUUACCAUCGUCUUCUGUCAGACAAUGCUGCUUGUCCAGCUGUCCUUCUGUGGUGACAACAUCAUCAACCACUUCUACUGCGAUGUGGGUCCCAUCCUGAAAGCGGCCUGCACAGACACAAGCCUCCUAGAGCUCCUGGGACUCUUGGCAACCAUCCUGGUGCUGCCAGGGUCGCUCCUCUUCACUGUGAUUUCUUACGUCUGCAUCCUGUCCACCAUCCUCCGCAUCCCCUCAGCCACUGGCCGCCAGAAGGCUUUCUCCACCUGUGCCUCUCACCUCACGGUCGUCUCCCUAUUCUAUGGAGCUGUUCUCUUCAUGUACCUGAGACCCACAGCACACUCCUCCUCUAAGGUUAAUAAGGUGGUGUCUGUUCUAAACACCAUUCUCACACCUCUUCUGAACCCCUUUAUUUACACUAUUAGAAACAAGGAGGUGAAAGGAGCCCUGAGGAAGGCAAUGGCUUGUCCAAAGACAUGCCAUCCAGAGUAA